AUGGCGACCAUAGACCUACGAGAAGAGUUGUCCUGCUCCAUCUGUAUGAAUGUCUUCACAGAUCCGGUGACGCUGCCAUGUGGACACAACUUCUGCCAGGUGUGUAUCUCAAGAACCUGGGACAACCAGACGGAAGGAGAACACACAUGUCCCGAAUGUAUGGAAAGGUUCAGUAAACGACCCCAAGUCCGAAGGAACCUUCGAAUGAGCAACAUAGCAAAAAGUUUCCUCUAUACUGAAGAUAAACAGGAGGAGUAUGGAGUGUUCUGCACCUACUGUAUUUACUCCUAUGUACCUGCUGUCAAGUCCUGCCUCAUGUGUGAAGCUUCUCUUUGUAAUGGCCACCUAAGAGUUCACAGCAGGUCAGCACAUCAUACCUUGGAUGAUCUGCUCAUUUCUUCUGGACGUAAAAUGUGUUCAGUCCACAAGCAGCUCCUGGACUAUUACUGCUUCCAGGACAGUUGUUGUAUCUGUGCUUCCUGUCUGGAGAACAAACACAAGGAUCAUCAGGUAGAACCAUUGGAGAAAGCCUUGGCCAAAAAGAAGGAGGAAUUUAAAGAAGUUCUAACUACAUUGACCAGAAGGCAAGAAGAAAUUGAUGGACAACUGUCUGAACUGCAUGAGAAGAUGAACGAACUGCGAGACAAAGCCAUCCUGAUCACUAAUGGAGUAAGGUCCAUAUUUGAAGAGGUUAAAAAAACAUUGAAAGCCUUAAAGAAGCAAAUGAUGAAUGAGAUACGUGUAUCGGAAGAGAAGGCGUUGCUCUGCAUCUCUGAUCUAAUCCACCAUCUGAAGGCAGAGAUGGAUGAACUGUGUAGCAAAAAGUUUCAUAUGAGUGAGCUGGCCAUCAAGACAGACCCAUUGACUGUCCUACAGCAUUCCACAGACAAUCUCAUUUCUGAAACCAUGAAGGUUCUUUCCAAUGGUUGCCAUGGCAAUGUUGAUGAUGAAAUGGAUCUGGAUGAAGAUCGUCUCCUAGAAAUUCUGAAGACAGGUCUGUCUGAUAUUGUGACUAGUAUAAAAGGUAGGAUUACAUUGGUCACAGCUGAUAACCUAUUAUUGGAUGUAAACAUGGCUGCCAAUAAUGUACAUAUAUCCAGAGAUCUGAAAACAAUAUGCUGGACGGUGGAACACCAGGACUAUCCGGAAUCUUCUGAGAGAUUCCAGACUUGUCAAACUUUGAGCACCCAGAACUUUAUCAAGGGACAACACUGCUGGGAAGUGGAAACCAGCGAAACUGGGAACUGGAUUAUCGGGGCGGCGUAUCCCAGUAUAAAGCGAGACAAGCGCCUGUCAUAUGUGGGGAACAAUGACAAGUCCUGGGGUCUAAAAAGACAUAAUAACAUCUACGUGCUGAAACAUAAUCAGGUCAAGAUCCCCUUGUCUGGUGUACGCUGUCAGAAGUUCAGGAUCUUUUUGGAUUAUGAGGCUGGGCAGUUGUCCUUCUAUGAGCUGCAGGACCCGGAGGUGCACUUACACACCUUCUCCACCACCUUCAACGAGCCCCUCCAUGCUGCAUUCUGGGUGUGGAAUGGCUGGGUGAGGAUAAAGGACUAA